AAGGGAACGCGCGGCCGAGCAACUCGAUUCGUUGGAACUGCGCCGCCCGUCCCCACAACUCUCGAGGAACUUCAGUCUACCGUCAUCGUUCGCGAGUGUCGUUUCGAUACGUUUGUCGUUCGCUUUCAUUUCACGUUCUGUUAUCUCUAUUCUAACGCUAUUACAUUUCUUUUCGCGCCAUAACGUGUUUUGUUCCCCUCUUCACGCGUUGCAAAUCGAAAGAGAGGAAGAAAAAGAGGAGACGGGAUAUCAAACGCAAGCUUUCGAACGUGAAUUUUUCCAUCCUUUCGCGAAUAAUUAACGAAAUCUAGUAAAUUUUAUUUAUUUAUCGGUGGAUUAUUCGACGCGUCGAUCGAUUUAUCGAGCCAUUAUCACGCCACCAUCGUCAUGUAUGAUCGACGCAUCUGAAUUUUUAUAUCUUCCUUCCCAGACGUGAGACAGGAUUUCGAGAUUUUCGUCGAUUAUCGUACGAACGUAAGACAAGAGAUGAACGCCCCACCGCCGGUGUACGCAUCCUCCUGUCCCGCGUUGCAGUCAAACCUGUCGCUGCACAGUUCCUCUUAUUACAGCGAAUACAGCGGGGCGGCAAGGAGGCGAUUAUCGUCGACGGGCGAGGCGGACACCUCGGCCACGUCGAGCUACGAGGGUAGCGAUAGCUCUGAGAACAGCGACGAGUCUCGCCUCGAACCGGUCAAUCAGAUCGAGCGAGAGCAACUCGAAACGUUUUUCCGGGGCUUGAAAUCCCAGGUGUUCGUUUGCGAGUCAUUGGCCAACUUGUAUCUGGGAAACGCUUCGCAGACCGAAAGAUGGGAGCUUCGAUUUACAGGGAUUCCAGUAGUGGUGUUGGAUCUUGGAGAAACGCGAUCAAGAUCCAAGAGACGGAUCCAAAUCCUUUUGGCCGAGCGUGGCACUUGUUUUACGCUUUGGAGGGAGACGAUCGACAAUUUAUCGUCGUACAAGGUGUCGGGGCCGGCUUUUCACACGAUGUGUCUCUCGUCGGAUCACACGCGCCUGGCCGGCCUCAGUUUCGACAAUCCAAAAGCCGCCAACGAUCUUUGGCAGCACAUAGAAAGACUCGUCUCCUGCCCCGAGAACAUUAGCCUCUCGGUACCGGGGAAAAAGAAGAAGAAACCGGUACAGAAGAAAGUGGUUUUACCGGCCAAGAGUAACAUCAGCCAGCCCUGUCAAUUUCAACACGUGACGAGCGUGGACGCUGCCGACCGAUCGCGAUAUUUCUCCCUCCAAACCCUGGUUCCGGCUUUGAACGAGCUCGAAAACUCAUUGGAGGCGAAUUUCUGAGAUGACGAGAAGUUGGUCAAGAGCUCAGAUUCGUAACUCUGACGGCGCUCUCGUCCAUCAUCUAUCCAUCAUCGUAUUGCGCGUUAUGUUCUAGGGAAAUUCAUUGUAACACCUUCAGAUUGAUUCCGUAAAAACGGAACUCGUGCGCGCAGAUGCGCUCGUCAUUUCGUGCUUCCGAGCGAAAUCAAACGAUUUGCCAAAUCGCGUUACAUUUCGACGUAAUACCGCUCGAUGCGACGCCCUUCCUAUUCUCUCGUCCCUUUUUUCUUCUGCUCGAGAGAGAAGUAAUCGUAGUAGUUAAAAAAAAAAAAAAAAAAAGA